AUGGAAGCAAAGCAGAAGUAUAACAAAGCUUUCCGUGAACUGCGUAAUGAGAAGCAACGACAGCGGAACGGACAGAUCCGGAAUCUAGAGCGGUAUAGGAAUGAGCAACCCAUGAUGUUUCUGAAGCGCAAGGGUUUCAUGUCUCCGCAGCAUCUAAUGGUGAUUGACCCCACCUUGACCUUACCGGGUGCCACCCUUGAAGGGGAGUAUAAGCGCUGGAUCAACGCGAUUAAUGCGAUGACUGCAUUCUGCCUGUGGAAGAGGGGCGGCCCACGCCUCGCCCCAGCCAAUCUCACUGCCGGCCUGUAUCUGACAACGACGAACCCUGUCCUCCUGCCAAACGGCGAUAGCAUUUCUCGGAGGAUGAGACCGAGAUUAUCCUGCAUUAUACCAACGACGAGACAGUACAUUCAACUCUACUACCUGGAUUCCAUCUCAUAG